CUACACUCGCCACAUUACCGCGCGUGUAUGAGCUGGUUGGGUCGUGAACGCGCCCAUUGCUGAAACGCUGACAAUCUGCAGACUUUCUAUUAGCCUGCCCAUAAUCAACAUAUCACCUCUGGUUGCAUUCAGUGUAGUAUUCCGCUUCAAACCUUAGCUAUAGCAUACUGACUGGUCAUUUUGGUAUCCUUUAUUUUUGGGGAAAUUGUACAGUUACCUGCCAAAAUGAAUCCGCCGUGUAGCAGAUGCAAUAAGACCGUGUAUCCAACUGAAAAAGUAAAUUGCUUGGACAAGUAUUGGCACAAGGGGUGUUUCAGCUGUGAAGUAUGCAAGAUGACUCUCAACAUGAAGAACUACAAAGGCUUUGACAAGAAGCCCUACUGCAGCCAACACUACCCCAAGACCUCAUUCACCAGUGUGGCUGACACUCCAGAGAACCUGAGGCUCAAACAGCAGAGCAAGAUGCAGAGCCAGGUGCUGUACAAAGAGGAGUUUGAGAAGAACAAAGGCAAGGGCUUCAGUGUGGUGGCGGACACGCCCGAGCUGCAGAGAAUCAAGAAAACACAGGACCAGAUCAGCAACAUAAAAUACCAUGAGGAUUUUGAAAAGAGUCGGAUGGGAGGUGAAGUCCCUCCAUCUGAGAACAAUUCCAAUCAAGGCUACCAGCAGUCUUACAACUACGACCCCCAGCCUGUCGCUCACACUCCUACUCCUGCUCCUGCCCCUGCCCCUGCUGCAGCUGCACCGCCACCCAGUGGUGGGAAGCGCUUCCGGGCCAUGUACGACUACGCAGCGGCAGACGACGACGAGGUGUCGUUCGCGGAGGGCGACGUGAUCCUGGACGUGCAGCAGAUCGACGAGGGGUGGAUGUUCGGCCGCGUCCAGCGCACCGGGCAGCAGGGCAUGCUCCCAGCCAACUACGUGGAGAUGGCAUGAGACAAACUACGCAGAGAUGGAGGGAUGAUGGCUGGAGGGAGGGAGGAAGAGAGGAAGGGAGGGAAGAGUGAAUGAGAGUUCCUCAGUGUGGGAUAAGGGAGAGGGAGGAAAUGGCAGGGUGCUGGAGAGAGAUUUAAGGGCUGGAUUGGAGGAUUUUGGGGGAAAUUUAAAUUUAAAAAUGAAAAAGCGUAAAAGCCGCAAUGUACAGUGAGGUUGUCACGACAACUUCUGUUCUUGGUCUGUUUUCGAAAUAAUUAGUUCACCACUUAAUUUCACUUUGUUUUUCUGCUCUUUUUCUAUUUGUAAUGGGUCAUAUUAACUAAAUGACAAAAAAAAGUUGAAGGUAUGGUUCAUGGCAGUUGAACCAUGUGCUACUAAAAGCCAACACCAUUUCCAAAUGGCAGUCACAAACCAAUGCCUUUUAUUUCCGUUGCCAUUACCUUGUCUUUUUAUUUUUUAUUUCGUUUCUCUCUCUUUGACACGCACCUAUUCGCAAUGCAAAGCUUCGGCGGCUCUUCUGUUUUGUGUCACUUGUCGUUCCCUUGUUGUAUCCUUGUUUUGACACGGCUUAUGUUUCUAUAUUUGAGCACAAUGUGAAUUUGGUCCCCACAUUCAGUCUUGCUGGGUUGAUUUGACCUUGGCAAGGAAGUAAGGUCAUGGGCUGCAGUGUCUGCUGGGUAAUAGAGUUUUUCCGCCACUUUGUAGUGUUUGGUGAUACUUGGUCGGUACACUGGAGGAUCCAGCCCAUAAUGUCUUAACUGAACAGAAUCCAUGCCAGGCAACGUUGGAGGAGUGCAGUCAACCCCCUCCAAAAACCCACACAUACAUACACACACACAUGUGAUAAUGCACUUUUUAGGGAUGAUCGGGAAUGAUACCAAAUAGAUAAUUAAAAAAUCAGAUGGUUUUAUAUAUGAAAAGAAAGAAAUUGAAUCCUUGUGACAGAGUGCAUUGCUGUUUCAGACUGACCUCCCUAUGACCUUUAGACGGAGGUCGGUCAUAAAAAGGUGAAACGAUAUUUUGUAAAAGCUCCAAAACCCCACUGCGUAGCGUAACCAAUGACUUAUCAUUCCAUUGUUAUUUUUUAAUGAAGCAUUCCAAUCCAUUAUAUUGAAAAAUAAAAUGGUGCAAUGAAAUGAA